AUGAAGAAAUCAGUGCAAGUCUAUAUCACUUCGGUUCCGAAAGCAUGCCGCCAGAGGAACUAUCUCGAUGCCGUCGGCAAUACUUCUACUUCUCCUGCUCCUGCAACUCGAACAACUCUUAUAAUGGCGCCUCUAUCCGACAACUCCAUGGCCAACAAGCUCUACCCCUCCCGCGGCAACCCCUGCCUUGAUCUGUUUUACAACGCCAAACCACACGACGCCUACCCCGUUCAUUCCCUCCAGUAUCUGAACCAACUGCUGCCGACGGCAUGGGCUCACAAUCCCACAACCACCUUCAAGCUCAUCUGCAACCUACUAGACCACCGUCCUCCCUAUUGCAAAAACUACAAAGAGGGUUUCGACACGGCGGCGUUUUGGCUCCACCACAACCACCCCAAGACCCUGGCCUGCAACCUCCCGUCCAUCGCCGGCUCCUUCGGCAGUUUAGAAACCGCUCUGGAUAUUCUAUCCCUGAUCCUACAACGCCAUGACCGCCGCCUCCAUCUCUCUGUCCACUCAAAGGACAGAAGAACCACCGGGGUCCCCCGGAGCGGACAGAAGUUCCUCGCCUACCUCGACAGGCACCAGAGCGACCCAGAUUAUCGGUUCUUACACGACUGCGUUUCGGAUCUGUUCGCAGAUUGCUUGAAGUUCGACAUACAAAAUUUCAACAAACACCAUCAGCAACAGCAGCAGAGUAUCAAUGACGGCGAUGAGGGCGAGACAUCUACUGAGCGCUUGGAGAUAACCUCGGCAGCGAAGUUUUGUCCUGACUUCGACUCCCCCUUCAACCGCGCCACCUUGCUCUGCGAGAGCAUCGCCAAGAAGGUUUUCCCGCGAGAAUCGUACCCGGAGUACCAAGGCAUUGAGGAGGCGGAUUACGCCGACAGAGUCCGGCGGCGGCUGAGGGAGGAGGUUUUGGUGCCCUUGAGGAAGCCCUUGAUGCCCCCCAACUAUUCCACACUUGUCAACUGGUCGGGUUAUAAUCCGGACCCCGAGCCCAAGCCCAAGACCAAGACCUGUGCGGUGGAGAAGUAUUUGGAGAAAGUGAAAGCAGCAGCCGCCGCCGGCGAGUUGAAGAUUAAGGCUUGUGCUUUGCUUCCACAUCACAUAGCACGCUAUGUGAAGAAGGAGGAUUUGGGUGAAGUGGCCGAGCUUCAGUGGAAGGCAAUGGUGGAGCACAUGAAAAAGCAGGGCAAGUUCAAAAACUGCUUGGCUGUAUAUGACAACUGGUUAAGCUUAAAGGCAGACUGCGGAGAUGAAAAAGUGGCGAUGGGGGCGGCUUUGGCAGUGAUGAUCUCUGAGCUGAGUGAAGAGCCAUGGAAAGGAAAGUUGAUGAAUUGCAGUGUAAAUACGCGGCUGCAUUCGUUAAACGGCCUCGAUAAUCUCAAGGCCAAGCUGGAGUUGGCGUUGAGGAUGGAGAUGGAGUACGAGGAGCGGCGGGUUGAUUUUGAGAAGGUGUUUGAUUUGGUUUUGGAGGUUGCAGUGAAGAAUGAUUUGAAGCCGGAGCAGAUGAUCAGGAGGGUGGUCGUGUUCUCUAGCGAGAAUGACUUUGAUGGGUGCUGGAAGACAGCGUAUGAGGAGAUACAGAGAAAGUUCAAAGACAAAGGGUACGGCGAUGUGGUGCCACAGAUUGUGUUUUGGAAUUUGAGAAGGUGUUCGACUGAUGCAGAUGUAGCUUCUGCACAGCAGGAAGGGCUGGAGAUGUUGAGUGGCUUCAAUGACAAUUUGGUCAGGUCCUUCUUGGACAAUGACGGCAAAAUUAAAUUUGGCCCUUACCAUGUCAACAUGGAAAGAGCCAUCUCUUACCCCAGAUAUCAAAAUCUAGUGGUUGUGGACUAA